GCCCUCCCUCUGCCUUCUCUUUAAAUAGUCAAACUGGAAGUGUGUGAAUCAAUAUUUUGGAAAAAAUUUCAUCAAGUAGAGUGCUCUUCAUUGUAAGGUGAUAGCAAUAGCUGACAAGUUUUGGAGGGGACAUGUCAUGCAGACCACCUUCAGACACAGUCACUGGGGCCAACUGGGCGCUGGAGGUCAAACCUCAGAAGGAGCUGAAGAUGAAAGAAAGAGGCCAGUGGAACAACAAGCUGGAGUUUGUGCUCUCAGUAGCGGGAGAGAUUAUUGGUUUAGGAAACGUCUGGCGUUUUCCCUACUUGUGUUAUAAAAAUGGAGGAGGAGCUUUCUUCAUUCCAUACCUCAUCUUCCUCUUCAGCUGUGGAAUUCCAGUGUUUUUCCUGGAGACUUCCCUGGGGCAGUACACCAAUGAAGGGGGAAUUACAUGCUGGAGAAAAAUCAGCCCUCUUUUUGAAGGCAUUGGUUACGCUACCCAAGUGAUUGUUGGCUUGCUAAAUUUCUAUUACAUCAUCGUCCUGGCUUGGGCUCUUUACUUUUUGUACAACUCCUUUACCUGGGACUUGCCUUGGGCCACCUGUAACAAUGACUGGAACACCGGUACUUGUGUGGAAUUCAGCACAAAAAACAAAACCUCAAACUGGACAAUUCCUGCCAAUGCCACUUCACCUGAGAUUGAAUUCUGGGAAAAUCGUGUGCUGCGGAUUUCUUCUGGCAUUGAACACAUUGGCAAGUUACAGUGGGACCUGACGCUUUGCUUGUUUCUGGCCUGGGUUGUCUGCUAUUUCUGUAUCUGGAAAGGAGUCAAAUCAACAGGGAAGGUAGUUUAUUUCACUGCUACAUUUCCUUACAUUAUGCUUCUGGUGCUGUUGAUCCGAGGCGUGACUCUACCCGGUGCAGCAGGAGGAAUCAAGUUCUACCUUUAUCCAGACAUAAGUCGACUCGCAGAUCCCCAGGUAUGGAUGGAUGCAGGCACUCAGAUAUUUUUCUCUUAUGCCAUUUGCUUGGGAUGUCUGACGGCUCUGGGCAGCUACAACAAGUACAACAACAACUGUUACAGGGACUGCCUUGCCCUUUGUUUCCUGAACAGUGGGACAAGUUUUCUUGCAGGGUUUGCCAUCUUUUCCAUCUUGGGUUUCAUGGCCUAUGAACAGAAUGUGCCCAUUUCAGAUGUGGCAGAAUCAGGUCCUGGUCUGGCCUUCAUUGCAUACCCAAGAGCUGUCACCAUGAUGCCUUUCUCACCACUUUGGGCCUGCUUCUUUUUUAUCAUGAUUAUCCUUCUGGGUCUAGAUAGUCAGUUUGUCUGUGUGGAGAGCCUGGUAACAGCCAUUGUUGACAUGUUUCCAUCAGUAUUCCGACGCAGUAUGAGGAGAGAGAUGCUCAUCUUGAUGAUCUCCAUAAUCUCCUUCCUUGUUGGGCUAAUUAUGCUUACAGAGGGUGGGAUGUAUGUGUUCCAGUUGUUUGAUUACUACGCAGCCAGUGGGAUGUGUCUGUUGUUUGUAGCGAUCUUUGAAACAGUAUGUAUCGCUUGGGUUUAUGGGGCUGAUCGGUUUUAUGACAACAUUGAGGAUAUGAUUGGCUACAGACCGGGUCCACUUAUUAAGUAUUGCUGGCUUUUCUUCACUCCUGCUGUCUGUAUUGGGACAUUUGCAUUCUCUCUGAUAAAGUACACACCACUCAAGUACAACAAGAAGUAUGUGUAUCCUUGGUGGGGAUAUGGCUUGGGCUGGUUGCUUGCACUCUCCUCCAUGGUGUGCAUCCCUUUCUGGAUCAUCUACAAGCUUUCUACCACAGAAGGACUUUUCAGUGAGCGAUUAAAACAGCUGACAAAGCCAUCAGAAGAGCUGCCCAAGACAAGAAAAGAACAGGAGAAGCUAUUAGCCAUCUUUGUUCCAGAUACUAGUUUCCAUCAACAAGGGGAUCCCACCAGGGAGGGAUAUCUCCUUGUGGCUGACAUGGAGACCAAUUGCUAGAGCUGAAAGAUCCUCAAAGAAGAAGUGAAAGUAACUCAGUGGUUUUAUAAUGCUGGGCCCAGAUUUUUCCACUUUGCAAUAUACUCCAGAAGGAUAGAAAUAAAUAUAUUCUUUUAUAUCAGUGACAAAGGACAGAUGAAUGCAUAUACUGUAUAUAAAUAUAGCUAAAAUAGGCAAGGCACUGUAUUUUAUAUAGACAGGUGAUAAUUUAAUCUAUACAUUUCUACAAUCAACUAUCAACUAUCAGAACCAAUGUUAAGUGCUUUUCUUUGUUGCAUUAUUUUAUCAUUUUUGUAUUGGGAACAGGUACAACAGUGUAAAAAAAUGACUGUUUGCCAAGGAUUUAAAAAAAAAAGUACCCACAUGUCAUUUUAAAUGGAAUUCUGUUUCUAUAGAUAUAUAUGAAACUGCAAGAAUUUUGCAAUUAGAUGAUUUACAUCAUUUGCAAUUAUAAUAUUCCACAAAAUGUUAAGAGUGUGAGGGAAGAAUUUGUUUGAAUUUAAAUGAUAAAUAC